AUGGAUAUUGCUGAACAGAAGCUCAUUUACCUGUCCCAGGGUGAAAAAUUCCCUAGUAAGCUAAAACUACUAAGAUCCGGUAAAGUUAUCACGAGGAAUAGUCGGAUCGCCAAGUAUUCGCCGUUCAUUGGACCAGCUGGCAUCCUUAGCUCGACUGGGCGCAUCAGCCGCUUGGUUAACUCCGAUUUCGACAGCAAGCAUCCGAUUAUACUUGAUCCUUGUCACGCGGUUGUUCGGUUAUUGGUUCAACACUUGCACAGUAGGAUUUUCCACCAAGGCUUGGAUUACAUGCGUGCGGUGGUUAAUUUGAAUUACGUUGUAUUAAAUUUGCGAUGGCUGCUGCGAAACAUCGAAAAUACUUGCGUUGUGUGCCGAAAACGCAAAGCGCAAACCGUAACUCAUAUGAUGGCUGAUCUGCCCAUUGAGAGGCUGGGUUACAAGCAACCUCUUUUCUCUUACACAGGUGUCGACUACUUUGGGCCAUUCCUAGUUCCAAUCCGGAGAAGUACGGAAAAGAGGUGGGGUUUUUUGUUCACCUGUCUCACCACUAGAGCGGUGCACAUUGAAGUGGUCCCUCGCUCGACAAAAGCUCUGGUGUGA